AUGGAUACCAACAUCAAAAGUCUAGUAUGCGACUACUGUUGGUCUACUCUCUUUUCUGUCGAUGGUUUCAAAACCGCUUGGGAGUCCAGCUCCUCGACCGAUAUGGAGUCAAAUCCGGGCUACACAUAUACCACUGCUACAUGGCAGGAGAUGGAGCGGUCCGCCAACUUCCUGUGUGGUUGGUGCGAACUUCUCCAAGAAGAAAUCACUCAUUACUACCAUAUAACGCAAUCCAAGAGAGAUUCACGGGGAGCCAUAACUGAGGAAGCGGGAACUCCGCCUGCCAAUGCCAGAUUUUGCUUCACGAUCCGCUUCGGGAAGCAUAACUCACCAGCGUCGCCUUUGUGCGUUCAAAUCUCUAUAGGAGAUUUCCGAUGCAUUUCUCCAAUAGUCUAUACGACAACUGGAAACCCCGCUGCCGAGUUUAUCAAAGAGCGCGGGGUUUUGGAAGAUCAAGAUUCCCCCGAAGCUUACUCUUUGGCGUUGCAAUGCAUCCGAGAAUGCGAAAAGAACCAUCCUCGGUGUCUACCUCCAAAGGCCGAGCGCCUCCCGACUCGCGUCAUUGAUUGUGCCGAGCCUGCAAGACCACGUCUUCUUAUAACUCAAGAUGCGCCGCCUGACCAUUAUGUGGCCUUGAGCUAUGUUUGGGGCGAAGCGCAGCCGCACCGCACGACAAAAGCCACGCUUGGUUCAUACACUGAGAGCAUUGAUACCAAGUACAUCCCCAAGGCCAUUCGUGAUGCGAUUAAAGUCACUCAAUCCCUUGGCCUGCAGUACCUUUGGGUUGAUGCUUACUGCAUUAUCCAAGACUCUAGUGAAGACAAAGCAAACGAAAUUAGUUGCAUCCGAUCCAUCUUCCGGAACGCCUAUGUCACCAUCAUCGCCGCCAAUGCUGGCAAAGUCAGCAAGGGCUUCCUCAACCCCUGUUGCAUAUACAACUCUCCCUGUGAGCUCCCAUUCCGCUGCCCAGACGGUAAUAUUGGAACCAUGAACGUGCAGAAUUUUGAAUUUGGUCCAAAAGAGCCAGUCAACAAAAGAGCAUGGUGUCUUGAAGAAAGGGUUUUGUCUGCUCGGGCGCUCUGGUAUUGCAAUCAUACCCUUCAAUAUGAGUGCCAGACGGGCCACAAGAAUGUCGGCGGUAACCAGAACAUGGCCGAUGGUCAGGACGGACUCCCACGACUUCCAGACCGUAUCUUUACGCCCAAACUUCAUGGUCUGCCCCAGAUCUCUGCCACGGAAGCAGAGAAGGAAGUUGCCACAGCGUGGCGAAAUAUCCUGGGCCUCUACUCGAAGCGCACGCUGACAGAGCCACGCGAUCGACUUGUGGCUCUCUCAGGCGUUGUGGGGUAUUUUGCGGAUUUCUGGUUGAAUUCCAGAUAUCUCGCUGGGCUAUGGGAGCAUCAGCUUCCAGGUUGUCUCCUAUGGUAUAUCACCAAUGCUGCUGUGAGGCCAUUCAAAUACAGAGCUCCGUCGUGGUCUUGGGCAGCGGUGGAUGGCCCUGUUACCUCUCAUUUAGGUGGGAAUGCAUCUCAGAUAUGCAGUGUUGUACGCUGCCAUGUGGUGCCAAAGCGAGACAUUAACAUCAACGGGGAAGUCAUCUCAGGUGUCUUAGUUCUGGAUGUGAUGCUUCAUUUGGUCGUCUGGGAUCCAGUUGAAGGGGAGAUGUUUGACGUUGCGGGCGGAUCAGUGGGAAUUUCCGAUGAAUCGCGCUCGGAACGGGGUGAAAUUGGCUACGCGCAACGCGAUGCAAUUGAACAGGUUUCCAUGGCCACAAGCGAGGUUUAUGCUGCUAUAAUAAUCGAUAAUACCAAUACUUUUCUAGGAAUUAUAUUAGUACCGGUGGCGACAGAGAACAACGUCCCUCGGGCUGAUGCCUUGGCAUCCUGUUCCACAUAUCGUCGUGUUGGGUGGUUCACAGCGCCUUUUGUCAAUAGAGACAUCUGGUUGAGCACGCCUCGUAUGCGUGUACAGGUUGUGUGA